GUUGCUGGGGGCGCCCGCCGGGCGUGGGGCAUGGGGGCGGGGGGGGCUCGCUCGGGCACAGCCCCCAUGGGCAGUGUCUCCCCAGUGCCGAGACCCCAUCAGCCCCUUGCGAAAACUCAGUGACGUGGCUGGUAUUUCACAAGCUCCCCCUCCGCCCUCUGCAAGUCGUCCUUGGAGAAAUGUCCCGUACUAAGGAACCCGGGCUUCUGCCACACGGAGGUGCUCUCCCUCGGCCGUCGUUUCCACUCUGGGUCUGGGCGCAGGGGGCGGGGGGGAGACAGGCAGAGAGGACGGAUGCUGGGCAGCGGGCAUCCUACGAGCCCUCCCCAGUGGCCGGGAAGCACGUCCACCUGCUUCACGCUUGACGACUGGUUGUCCUGCUCCCACCCAGGCGCUCCGGGCCUCGGCCAGAGUGGAGUCGCCGCGAGUGUCAUGACCAGGAUUUUAUUUGAGGGAGAGGCAGAGACCGCGCGAGAGAGCGUGAGCAUGAGCGGCGGGGAGAGGGAGGAGCAGACGCCUGCUGAGCAGGGAGCCAGGUGUGGGGCUCGUCCUGGGAGCCCCGAUUGCGACCCGAGCUGAAGGCAGGGGCUUAGCCAGCGGAGCUCCCAGGUGGCCCAGGGAAAUAUUUUUCAAAAUUACCAAGUAGCAUCAUCUGCCUGCCAGGCCGCAGUCCCUCCUCUUGAAGACUUUGGUUGGUUGGAAUCUUGGUGACACUGUUUAAUUUUAGGCUCCUUUUCCACGUGAUGCUAUUCCAGUUAAUUUGUUAAAAUUUGUUUAAUCUUUUAAAAAAAAAGACCCUCCCUGAGUUCUUCUUGCCCUCUCAUGGCGGUGUACUGGCGCGCGGCCCGGAGACGUCCCGGGGUGAGGCGGCCCCGUGGGAAGGGACGGGCGGACGCGGGGUGCCAGCCCUCAGGCCCCGGGGUGCGUGCCCCGGCCUCAGCCCUGACCUCAGCAGCACCUGUUGCGAGCUGGGUUUCCGGCACGUACCCUUUUCUUGGUCCCUUUUUGUCACCUGAGGAAGCUCAGGCUCAGACCUUCAGAAAUGUGACCCUUCCGCCUUCCUCACGGUUGAGAACAGAGAGAGGGCCCUUCGCCCUGUGCAUGUGUCGCGCGACCCCUUCUGGGCGCGAGGGUGCGUCCUUGUUGGACGGCGGCCCUGAGCCGGCCCGAAAGUGCUUUAGGAGCCCGUCACAAAAAUGGGAGCAACGUGAAGCCCUGUCACUCCACGAACGUGACAUCCGCUGCUGGAACCGCAGGACGGUGGGCCUCCUUCUGUUCCUUCUUCGCCGUCCCAGGCGUCACGCUGCCCUCGCGGUCCCCAGCCCCCUGCAGGUGAGGCUUGCCGUGUGCGGGCACCCGCCGCCACUGGCCCCUCCUCGUGGCCGCCUCCCGGCAGGCGUGACCACUAUUCUGGGCGUCGUGGUGAGGCCCGGGCGUCCCCGCCCCAAGCCGUGUGACGUGACUGAGAGCAGCUGCCAGCCCAGGGAGCAGUGAGUCCAUCAGAAUCCAGCCGGCGCGCCCCGCUCGGCCCCGCUCGGCCCCGCUCAUCCCCACUCCUGGAACGCUGCCCGGGAAGAGCCGAGCUUUGUUUCAUCCUAAACCCCCACCCCACAGAAACUGUCUGCAUGGGACUCAGUAGGAUUUAGUCAGCGUGUUAGGGCGGGGGCGGGGCGGCCUUCGGGGAGACGCCGGUGUUUGGGAUUUGGAAGUGGGAGUCCGGCUGCGUCAUCAGCACCGUUCCCCCUUGGCUCGGGAGGAUGAGGCGGUGCGGCCCUUCCCUGGGCUCGUGGGCCGGUCCUGCGGUGCCGUGGGACUGCCCUGCGUGAGCGCCCGUGGGCGCGCCCCCUGCCCUCCCGCCCACGCUCUGCACCCGCGCCACUUGCAGGGCAGAAGUUGUUGCUCGCUGUGCGCGCGCCUCCGGGUCAGAGCCCAAAGGACAAAGAUCCCGGCAAGGCACGAGCCAGGCGAGAUAAAAGUUGGGUUUGCUCCCAGAUUGGGUGGGCUCGACUUUGUCCCGGUGUCCCUGCCCUUGGCCAUGGGUCCAGCCGCGCGUGGAGGUGGCGGCCGUGGCCCAGGCGCAGGGACAGAAGGGCCACAGGCCCCUGAGCACACUGUCCCCCGACCCCGGGCCCCGUGUCUCCCGUGGGCUGCCUCACCGUGGUCGGUCUGCAUGCCCUGGGUGGCUUCCCCGGGCCCGCGAGGCCGGCCUGCUCCUGCGGCCUCGGCCAGGGCAGAGGGUGACAGGCGCGUCCCUUGACCCUCUGUUCCCGUCUGCCUCCCGUGCCAGGCGGCGCGCGUGGUCUCUUGUGACUCGCUCCCGCCGUCCUCUGCUCGGCACCGGGAGCCCGUCUGGGGGAUGAAGACCUCGGGCUGCAGGCGGAGGGGGCCUAGGUGGCGGGACCCGGGCCUUCUGCCCCCCCUCCCCCCCGUGUCUGCUCCCCGGACGACACGUCCCAGGCACACGCUGAAGCAUCGGGCGGAGCCUCCAUUGCGCCGUGACCCUGCGUAGCGUGUGGAGGAGCCCACGGGCUGUCGGCCAGCGGGCACCCAGGAUUAAAAAUAACGGGAGUCUUUAGGGAAAGCUGUGAAUUCUUACGAGCUCUGACUCCGUUACCUGGUCACCGUGUGGCUCCUUAGAUCUUGCAGGAAUCCUCUGAGACCUUAAGGUUUAGCCCAGUUCUCGAGAGGCUCAGUGUCGGGGACCCAGGCCGUUCUGUGCCCGGCGCUGCUGUGUGCCUUGGAGAGUACUUUGCGGCGUCCCUGGCCACCACCCGCCGGGCACCAGUGCACCCACUUCCGAGCCCAGUGGUGGCUGUCAGGCCUCUAGACGCUGCUGGGGGCGGGGUCAGCCCCGUGGAGAGCCCUGGUCUGAGGGGAGAGCCCGGCCUGGAAGGGGGCUGGGGGCGAGUAGGCAGGCCGCCGUCCCCUGGCCGCGCACUUGGCGUCUACAGGGUGUCCCACCGGGGCUGCCGGCCUAGCCUGCACCUGCAAGACCCCCACGGCAUCCCACGGCGUGGCCUUUAAGGAAGACUCAGCAGGUGCCCGGCCCUUCCCCCCGCUUGCAGCUCCGUGUUGCCUCCUGCGUGUUGUGCAGAAGCACAUUUGCCACGUGGCUCUGCCCCAGACGUGCAGAACAGCAGAAAGCUUUGUGUGGCCUGCGUGAACUGACCGAGUUAAGCCUGUAGGCAGCAGAGGAGUAAUCCGUCAGCUUAGGGGAUAGAAAAGGCCUCCAUCCGCCCCACAGAAAGGAUGAAUAGCACAUGCUGAAGGCCCCGGUUCCGUGGGCGACGUGCUGCGGGCAGUGUCGCCCCUCCCCUGUCG